UCUGUGGAGGAGGAGCAGCGGGCCGGCACGGUGAUCGCCAACGUCGCCAAGGACGCCCGGGACGCCGGUUUCGUGCUGGACCCCCGGCAGCCUGCCGCCUUCCGGGUGGUCUCUAACUCGGCCCCCCACCUGGUGGACAUCAGUCCCGGGUCUGGGCUGCUGGUGACCAAGCAGAAGAUCGACCGGGACCUGCUGUGCCGGCAGAGCCCCAAGUGUGUCAUCUCACUGGAGGUAAUGUCCAGCUCCAUGGAGAUCUGCGUGAUCAAGCUGGAGAUCAAGGACCUCAACGACAAUGCACCCAGCUUUCCCACUGACCAAAUCGAGCUGGAAAUCUCGGAGACUGCCAGCCCUGGCACUCGAGUGCCACUGGAGAGUGCCUACGACCCGGACUCGGGCAGCUUUGGUGUGCAAAGCUAUGAGAUCACCCCCAAUGACCUAUUUGGCCUGGAGACCAAGGCACGGGGUGAUGGGUCCCGCUUUGCUGAGCUUGUGGUGGAGAAGAGCCUGGACCGCGAGACCCAGUCUCACUACAGCUACAUGAUCACGGCGCUGGAUGGUGGGGACCCGCCCAACUUUGGCACAGUAGAGCUCAGUAUCCGUGUCAUUGACUCCAAUGACAACAACCCACUCUUUGAGGAGCCAGCCUACACUGUCAGCGUGCCUGAAAAUGCUCCACUGGGUACUCCGGUCAUCCGCCUCAAUGCCUCUGACCCGGACGAGGGCACCAACGGCCAGAUCCUCUACUCCUUCCACAGCUAUGUCUCCGAGCGGGCCCGGGAGCUCUUCCAGAUUGACCCCCAGAGUGGUCUCAUCACGGUGAGUGGUGCCAUUGAUUAUGAGGAAGGUCAUGUCUACGAGCUGGAUGUGCAGGCCAAGGACUUGGGCCCUAACUCCAUCCCUGCCCAUUGCAAAGUGACCAUCAGUGUCCAGGAUGCCAAUGACAACCCACCCCUCAUCAACCUGCUCUCUGUCAACAGCGAGCUGGUGGAGGUGAGCGAGAAUGCCCCGCCAGGGUACGUCAUCGCCCUGGUGCGGGUCUCAGACCGUGACUCGGGGGCCAACGGGCGGGUGCAGUGCAAGCUCCUGGGCAACGUGCCUUUUCGGCUCCAGGAGUAUGAGAGCUUCUCCACUAUCCUGGUGGAUGGGCGGCUGGACCGGGAGCAGAGGGACCAGUACAACCUCACCAUCCAGGCCAAGGACAAUGGCGUCCCAUCCCUGCAGGCCACCAAGUCCUUCACUGUCAAGAUCACCGAUGAGAAUGACAACCAUCCCCACUUCUCCAAGCCCUAUUACCAGGUCAUUGUGCAGGAGAACAACACCCCGGGGGCCUACCUCCUCUCGGUCUCAGCCAGAGACCCUGACCUGGGCCUCAAUGGCAGUGUCUCCUACCAGAUAGUGCCCUCCCAAGUCAGGGACAUGCCUGUCUUCACCUAUGUUUCCAUCAACCCCAACUCUGGAGAUAUCUAUGCUUUGAGGUCCUUCAAUCAUGAACAGACGAAGGCCUUUGAGUUCAAGGUCUUGGCAAAAGACGGGGGUAAUCCCUCUCUGCAGAGCAAUGCCACUGUCAGGGUGAUCGUCCUGGACGUCAACGACAACACCCCCGUGAUCACGGCCCCACCGCUGGUCAAUGGGACUGCGGAGGUGUACAUCCCCAGAAAUGCGGGGGUCGGCUACUUGGUGACGGUGGUCAAGGCAGAUGACUAUGACGAGGGUGAAAAUGGCAGACUUUCGUACGAAAUGGUGGAAGGAGACAGAGGAUUUUUUGAGAUAGACCAGGUCAAUGGAGAGAUAAGGACCACCAGAGCCUUUGGGGAGAACGCAAAGACAGCCUACGAGCUGAUUGUGGUGGCUCACGACCAUGGGAAAACAUCUCUCUCGGCUUCUGCCUUGAUUUUGAUAUACCUGUCUCCAGCCCUGGAUGCCCAGGAGUCCAUAGGAUCUGUUAACCUCUCCCUGAUUUUCAUUAUUGCCCUGGGGUCUAUCGCAGCCAUUCUUUUUGUCACCAUGAUCUUCGUGGCAGUCAAGUGCAAAAGGGAUAACAAGGAAAUCAGGACCUACAACUGCAGAAUUGCAGAAUACUCCUAUGGGCAUCAGAAGAAAUCAAGCAAGAAAAAGAAGAUCAGCAAGAAUGAUAUCCGGCUGGUACCACGGGAUGUGGAAGAAACAGAUAAAAUGAACGUUGUGAGCUGCUCCUCUCUCACUUCAUCCCUCAACUACUUUGACUACCACCAGCAGACCCUACCACUGGGCUGCCGCCGUUCUGAAAGCACCUUCCUCAACGUGGAGAGCCAGAACAACAGGAACGCCGGCUCCAACCACAUUUACCAUCACACCUUCACGGGGCAGAGCCCCCAGCAGCCCGACCUCAUCAUCAAUGGGAUGCCGCUGCCAGAGACUGAGAACUACUCCUUUGAUUCCAACUACGUGAACAGCAGAGCUCAUUUAAUAAAAAGCUCCACGUUCAAGGACUUGGAGGGGAACAGUCUGAAGGACAGUGGCCAUGAGGAGAGCGACCAGACGGACAGUGAGCAUGACGUGCAGCGGGGCCUCUACUGCGACACGGCCGUCAACGACGUGCUGAACACCAGCGUCCCUUCCAUGGGGUCUCAGGGCCCUGAGCAAG